AUGCAGCCCCAAUUCUUCCGCUUCGUGAAUCAGAUCAAUGAUGGUCUUACAACACUCGACGAGGCGGCUGCUUCGCUGUCUGAUCUUAUGACUGACGAUGAACAUCUUGCUUUACUCCAAGGCGGCCGCUCUCUUACACAAUACCUUUCAGACAACAAAGCGUCACCAUGUCCGGCGUCAGUAAUAUCAAGCGUUGGCGUGCCUGGCUUUCAUAUCGUUGAUGGCGCGAAACAAUCUUUCUUUACCGAAUUUCCCAGUCCUUUGGGUCGGGCGGCGUCAUUCAAUACACAACUGGAAGAACUCAUCGGAGAGGCAAUCGGCUUAGAAUUACGAGCUCAUGGUGGUAACGUCUACAGUGGAAUAUGCCUGAAUGUUACACGCCGGUCAGACUGGGGACGAGCACACCAAUCUUAUGGAGAAGACCCUUUCGUCAUCAGCCGCAUGGGUAAUGCAGCAGCAAAGGGCGUACGAAAACAUGCCAUGGUAGCCGUCCGACAUUUCGCAAUGAACUCUAUGGAAAUUCUUCGAGAAGAUAGCAGUAUCACAAUCGACGAAAAGACCAUGAAUGAGUUUUUCCUACAGCACUUCAAAGAUGUCCUCUACGAGAGUGGAGCUGAAAUUGUAGUGUCUGCUGGAAACCGCGUCAAUGGCGUAGCAUGUACGGAGAACCCAUGCUUGUUGAACGGGACUUUGAGGCAACGCUGGCUCUUGAACGAUCUGAUUGUGGCUAGCGACUGCACAUGGCAGGUGAAGAAUGGACCGGCGUCCAUCAAAGCAGGUCUGGACAUUGAGAUGCCUUUCAAGUCAGGAAGGACUGCCGCAGUUGAAUCCGCUCUGGAACAUGGAACCUUGGAUUGGUCAAACAUUGAAGCUAUGACUGACCGAAUCUUGAAAGCACAGCUCCGUUAUCAAUGCCGUGCGGCUCAGAUGCCAUCACCGGACCCCGAGGUGAUCAGAUGCCAGCGUCACAUCGGUCUUGCUAGACGUUCAGUUGCUGAGUCGAUGGUGCUCCUCAAGAACGAUGGCGAUUUUCUGCCAUUAAACCAAACCUCCCGGAUCAAGAUGACAGUCUUGGGAGAACUGGCGGAUAGGGUCAGCUCUGCAUAUCAAUUCGACGCAGCCUCCCAUGCUGCAGGUCCUCCUGGCACCAGUCCUCUUGAGGAGCUCCGGAAGCGCCACAAUUUAGCUGUUGACUACCUGGACGGAAGUGAGGCUGGCAAAGCAACAAAGUCUGUCAUGGAUGCCGACUGUGUUGUAUUAUUCUUACGCCCCUCGAGUAAAUCCGAAAACGAACAGAAGCGCGGCCGCUUCUUCGACCGCUUCAAAUCUCGCAAGCAAAGUGGCGACAGUCGAAUGUCCCGUUUCCGGGAUCGCAGUCAUCUCACGCUCCAUGCUAAGGAUGUUGAACUGGCCAAAGCCGUCUUGUCAGUCGCUGGCCACAAAACAGUGGUGGUGAUUGAAGCAGGCACGAGUGUCACAAUUCCUGUGUGUAUCCGACAAAAAGCAAGUGCCAUCCUCUUCUCCAGUUAUGGAUGCCGACAAUACGGCAGGGGCUUGCGAGACGUUCUCUUUGGCGAGCAAGAGCCAUCUGGAAGACUGCCCUUUGUGCUUCCCGACACGGAAUAUCAACUACUGGACAAAGAACGAAAUGCAUCUUCCCACGAAAUCAGAUACGACGACCACUGGGGCUACAGAAGACUACGACAGGAACAACAGAAACCUGCCUAUCCUUUUGGAUUCGGCCUCGGCUAUUCCACCUUCUCACUCAAUUCACUCUGGUGCUCGCAUCCAAUUGUCAAGUCCACGUUUGACAUGACGGUCAAUACCAAGAACACUGGCAACCGUGCUUCAGCAGUAGUGAUUCAGAUCUAUGCUUCGAGCAGGUUAACACGAAGGGACAGUGCCACGCCGAGCGUAGUUCCUCCCAAAAGUCUCAUCGGCUUUGCAAAAGAAAUCAUCCUUCCUGGUGAAAGCAAUGAGAUCUGUAUCACCUGCCGCCUGAGUCCUUUGGCCGAGUUCCACAAAGAUACCAGCAAAAUGGUCGUUGCUGAAGGCCGGUACGAUCUUUUUGUGUGCCAGUACGAAGGUGAUUCAAAAGCCUUGACAUCUUCGUUCCAGAUUCUGAACGAGAUUCGAUGCUGA